UAAGCUCACAGCUACCUAAUUCAGCUAUCUAUAUUGAUAAUUAUCUAUUAUCUACAUUAGAUACUAAGUCUGAGGGAUAUUCUUUUUCUUUGCUCUUUUCAUUUUAUAUAGGGAUAAAGCACAAUACAUAUAUUGUAUCAGAGGCCACCACUAAUGCACAGGUUAAAGAUGAAAAGAAUCAGGGAUAACUCUACACCUUGUAAAAAAAAACCAAAAAUCAACAACAAUGAUAAUAAUAAAAAACAGGCAAACCAAAGAUAGACAAACCAAAACCAAACAUCAUAUAAAAAAAGGAAAUGUGUGGUAGGGUGACUGUUUUGUAAUUCCACCUGUGUCUAUGUUUAGGGCUUAAAUACUUUAUUUCAAUAUAAAGGUCAGAUUUACGUAAUGUCUUUUUAAAUUUAGGACACAUGUCUCUUGAUAAAGAACAGACAUUUUAUUCCAAGUAAAUUCUUUUCACUUAACAGGAUGAAGUGGUGGUUCCUCUGUUGGCUCGUCCUAUCUGUGGACUCUUGUAAGACCAAAAAUGAAAUGGAGAACCAAGAUGAAAAACAAAAAUCAAAGCAUCAAUAUCCACGUCAGCAGAAAACACCAGCUUCAGUGACCAAAUGUAUGGAAGAUGUGAGCAGUAUUUUGAAAAAUGGGAACCGCCGCAAAGCCAUUGAAGCCAUGCAGAGCCUAGAACAAUUUUUAGAGGAAGCAGAGGUGACAGAGGCUGAAUCCUUGUUUGUCAACAAUAUAGUGGCCUUCCUGCAUAAACCCGAAGGGCCCUUCGAAGGCCUUGACAUUUAUGCAAAUGAUAUUGAGGCAAUGUCACACCACACUGCUCCCACUGACAGCAAAGUGAAUGUUCGACUGCCGAGAGAGCUGGAUGCUGAAUCGGGCAACACGAUUGUGUUCUGCAUGCUUACCUUGCCUGAACCAAAUGUGACCGCAUCGGAAGUCUCAGAAAACUUAUACGAGAACAGACUGGUUGGCCUGAGUGUACAGGGCAAGAGAAUUUCAGGACUACAGGAGCGUGUCAACAUCACAAUCAAUCUCAAUAAAGGCAUAAAUGAUACCCAAGAACCCAGGUGUGUGUUCCUUAAUUUUUCAACACAAGAGUACAGUACAAGCGGCUGCCAGACCCUGUGGACACGCGGUCAGAGUCACAUCACCUGCUCCUGUGACCACCUCACAUACUUUGGUGUGCUCAUGGUUACUGUCCCCCUCUCAUCUAUAGACCGGGAGACUCUUUCAUACAUCACGCUGACUGGGUGCAGUCUUUCUCUUUUUGCCCUAGUCCUGACUGUUCUGCUGUUCAUCAUGAAUAAAAAAGUCAGGGCAGAUGUCUCUAUGAAGGUCCACAUCAACCUCGCCGUUGCCCUGAUCCUCCUCAAUGUGCACUUCCUCUCAAGUCACGCAGUAGCAGCACUGUCCUCCACAGGACUUUGCAUUUACGUGGCCCUUUCCCUUCACUAUUCCCUGCUGGCCACUUUCAGCUGGAUGGCCCUUGAGGGGUUCCACCUCUAUCUUCUGUUAGUCAGAGUCUUCAACAUUUAUGUCAGGAGAUACUUGCUCAAACUCAGCGUUGUGGGAUGGGGUUUUCCUGCAGUCAUUGUGUCCCUAGUUGCAAUCAUAGACAGAAACACAUAUGGACCUGUCCCUCUGGACUCAUCUAACCCCAACAGCACUGUAAUAUGCUAUAUAGGCAACUACACAGUGAAGAUCGUGGCCACAGUGGGAGUGUUCAGCUUGGUGUUCGUUUUUAACGUGAUCAUGCUAGGGGUGACAACCAGACGUGUUAUGAGUCUCCGCCAGAGCAAAAAGUUUGGGCAAAGGGACUAUAACAGAGCAAAGCAAGACAUCUGUACCCUACUGGGAGUCAACACUCUGCUUGGCAUAAUGUGGGGCCUAAUCUUCUUCUCAUUUGGCUACCUGACCACUGUGGGCCUCUAUCCCUUCUGCAUCCUCAACUCACUGCAAGGUUUUUUCAUCUUCCUGUGGUUUCUUAUGUCUUCAAUAAAAAUUUCAAACUCAGCUCCAAAGACAAGUAGUGAAACGCGUAGCACCAACAGCUGAACUACAAGCCACAAAGGGAUUUUUCUCUUUUGUGUGUGUGCAUGUUGAGAUGAUUUACACAGGACUACUGUAAAGUUUGCCAAUAUUAUUUCUGCCUAACAAUGUAGUACAACUCAUUGUUUUUGUGCUAUUUUAAGUAAGUUUUGUCCUUAAUCUGGUGUGCUUACAAAAACUUUGUGAUGAGGGGUUUAUCUAUCCUCUUUACCGAGCAAUUCCUCUUGCUCAUCCAUUCUGUGCACAGCUGCACAAACAUGUUAGAUCAUGCAAAGGUGAGGUGGCUCCAAGUCUUGACCUGGCCUCUGAGUCGAGAGAUCAGACAAGGCCAGGAAAAGACAGAGGAAAGAGACAGUGACUGCUUUACUUCAAAAACUGAAACGCCAUUGAGAAAAUGUUAUUUAUGUGUGUUAACCAUCAGAAACACCAACCCGACGUGAAAGAACUUUCGACAAUGAAGACUGACUGGUUUCUAAAAGACCUCUUCGGACAGUUUUUGAAGGAUUUAUUUUUUCAACUUUUAAUUUAUGCCUUUUUUAUGCCAUUUUUGUUUCUCAUGCGAAAUAAAACUAAAUAGAUCAUUUAGAUCUAUUGAAAGACA